AUGGUCGGUGAUACGCGACAAGUUGCCAACGACUCACGAGUCAGGAAGGCGUCCAACCGCCAGUCGCGAUCCUGUAAAGUCUGUCGGCUCCGCAAAGUCAAGUGUGACCGCGUCAAGCCAUGCCAUGCAUGCUGCGCACAUGGAUACCCCUCCAAAUGUGUGUACGAGAGUGUCCCCGACGAGGAUGCUCGCCCGAUUAGCCAAGCCGAAGAGAUUCGCAACUUGCGUGAUGAGAUCAAGGAUCUCCGCACUCGAAUAAAUGAUAGGCAGGACGGGUCCCAGACUCAACACCUCCAGCGGCUGGACCAGCUGGCGAGCUUAUUUGAGUCUAUUCGUUCGGCCCCGCUUAGUGUCGUCGACGACUUGGUCCGUGAUAUUCGGACGACACAAGGUGGAUUGAAGAAGGACCUGACCCCUGUUGGGCCGUGGGAGGGCCUCGAAGCGUACGAGCAAUAUGACUACCUGCGGCAAAGUUCGCCUGUUUCCGUUAUCCCUAUUCGCAACACAAUCUCCAACGGCAGCCCCGAACAAAAUUUCAACGACCCAAUUAUACUUGGAGAUGAUGAGGAUGACGACGACGAUGAGGAGGAGGAGGAGGAGCGUAUGUCGAUUGGCAGUGGUUCAGACUCGUCUGGUACGGUCUCUAUCAUGAGCGUGCAGCGUCCGGCUGUCGAUGUAUUCGUUGAACGUUUCGUGGACGCUUUCAGCCCUCAAGUCGAUCUCAAAUCAGGCAAAGCAGGAGCCAUACGGGCCGCGGCAGGAAUUCGAAUGUUUUCGCCGUUGAUCUCGGAUGCGUUCGAGGCAGUGUCUGUCGCCUUCUUUGGUCGCUCCGUCCAGAAUAAACAGAUUGAAGCCUCUGGCUUUAGACUUUAUCCGCGUGUGCUACGUGGACUGCAAGAUGCUUUGAAUGACCCGGAGCGAUGCAAGGCAGAGUCAACUCUCGUUACUGUGACUCUUCUGCUCGCGUUUGAGAGCGUGGAACGUACUACUCAACGCGGUGUCCCGGCUCAUGUUCGAGGUGCUGUGCGCCUCAUUGAACAUCGAGGUCCGGAGAAUCACAUGUACGGAGUUGAGCAUCUGCUAUUCACAGAGCUGCGACCGUACUGGAUUGCCGGUGCACUGGCUGCGCGACAACCGUCGUUCCUCGCCCGCGAAGAAUGGAAAACCAUCCCAUGGUCGGCUGGAACGACUAAUAAAGAUAUCAACCACCAUCUGCUGGACCUCGCCGUUGAAGUCCCCGGCCUUCUAGCCCAAUCAGACAUAUUCCAAGAAGAACAACGAUCAUCCCUGAUGGGCGCACAGGAAAUUGCCGUCAAGCAAGCGGCCCUUUGGAAUGGAAUUACCAAUUUGACAGCCCGCUUCGAAGAGUGGUACAAUGAAUGGGUUAUUAACUACCCAGAUGGUGCUCCGCAGGACGUUGAGCAAAGCGCCGACCAGGAAUUCCCGAUUUUCAAACAACGCGACCUGCGUACUGGGGCGAUCUUCGUCCCGACUAUCCUCUCCUAUCCCAAUCUCCUCCUUGCACAAACAAUGGCUCUGUACUACUCGUUUCGACUCAUCCUUUCCUCGAUUGAUACCCGGCCCGAAGAUCGGGUCACGCCGAUCCAGCAAUAUGGUUUCGGCUGUGGAAUUUGUCGGACACUGCAGUGGUAUAUUCAAACUGCCCCUGGGAAUAUGAUUAAUCGCCUUGCAUUCCCCACGCGGGUUGCUUGGGAGGCGCUCCCGGACAACGGCCCCGAACGGGGAUUCAUGCUUAAAGUCCUGCAGCUCGUGGAGCGACGCCACGCGCUAGGCCUUUGGGGCAGUGGGAUGGCGGAGCUCUCGGUCCGGGAGAACUCGCCUUUGAACACGGAAUGA